AUGGGAAAACUCCUAAAAGAACAACUCAUCAAGUGCGGACUGUGUUUCCUCCUCGGGUUUUACAUAAAAGAAAUAGCAGAAUGGGGAAACGGGAAGAAAAAAAAAAAAGUGAGCGAAAUCGUAAAGUGGAUACAUUCCAAGGUAGUAGCAGCCAUAUGUCCCUGCAUGUUGUCAUCACAUGAAUACGUAAAAGUACAGAAGAUGGAAGAAGACUUUUUUUAUAAAAACUUCGAUAAAGGAAUAAUCGACAAAUAUGCCAAGUACAUAAAUAUACAAGACAUUCCAUGUGAUUCGCUCGAGAAGAUUUUCAAGACGAAGGUUUUAAUUAUUGGCUUGGGAGGACUAGGCUCCCCAGUCUGUCUUUACUUAACCAAAUUUGGGUUUGCAGAAAUAGGACUAAUGGAUGGAGAUACGGUAGAGGUAUCAAAUUUACAGAGGCAAAUAAUACAUGCAGAAAAACAUACCGGAAUGAAUAAAACCCUCUCAGCCAAAAUGACUGUAAAAAACAUGGGAAACGACAAUGCCAAUAUAAAAUGUUACCCAUUUCAUUUAGACAAAACAAAUGGAUUGCAGAUUCUCAAGCAUUACGACAUUGUUGUUGAUUGCACAGAUAAUAUUGCGACCCGAUUUUUAAUUAAUGACUUGUGUGUGCUCUACAAAAAGAAAUUAAUUUUCGGAAGUGCACUAGGGCUAUAUGGACAAUUAAACGUUUUUAAUAUGACUAAAGAAACUUCCAACUGUUAUAGGUGCCUUCAAAAUUUUAAUAACCACACAGAACAAAAUGACUGUGAUGAAAAUGGAAUCCUCUCCACGGUAACUGGAAUUAUUGGCAUUUUACAGGCCAAUGAAGUGAUCAAAUUGUCCGCUAAUUUGGAUCAGGAAAGUUUGCAAAAGUUUUUAACGUACAAUAGUCUAUCCAGUAGGAGACCAUUUGAAACAUUGAACAUGAAUAGAAAAAAUAACAAUUGUAUUUGCGCCUGGGGAGACUCUGAAAAAUUGCGCCACUUCAUCGAGCGAAACGACUACCAAGGUGGGGGGGGCAACGCGUCUGACCUGGCCUGCGUCAGCGGCAAAGUCAUGUCCGCCUACCAAUACGACAUAGCAGUCUUCCCCUUUCUCCAAGUCCUGAAGAAGAAUUUCUCAUUUUUCCCCUUCCCAGUAGACCAUUUAUGCAUUUUGGAUGUACGCAAAUACAACAACGCUAAUGUGUACGGCUUAAAGGAUUCUAUCAAGUGGAGCUUCUACGAUAUUAUGGAAUGUAUAAAUAAUUAUUCCAGCAGCUCCAACGAUCUCACUAAGCUAAUAUUGGACAAACUGCAAUUAUCCAAACGUACUGGAAAUGUUGUUAUCAUUGUUAUAUGCAGACGAGGCAUUGAUUCUUUGAAGGUUGCCAAAUAUUUUAAUAAUUUUUUUUUCGUUGAUUCGACAGAGGGGAGCAAAACAUCUCCUCAUCAUCAUUCUUCUCCUGAAAAUACCCUCAGCAUUUCCCCAACGCAGAAAACUGCUGACAAAUCGGAAUUUCAGGACAAGCAGAUAUUUACCUACAAUAUGAAGGGCGGGUACCUAGAGCUUCAGAAAAAGGUGUUUAAAAAUUUGCCAUUUUUGUAA